GUCUGAAAUUGAGGCGGGGGCUGCAGCGUCCUUCCCGCACCGCCCGCCUCCCAGCUUAGCUCGCCGUCCCGGGCCCGUGGCUGGGCUGAAGCGGUGCCGCUAUCUACGUGGCCCCGGAAGGACUUGGAGCGAGUGGCGGGGGAGGGGAGCCGCUGGAGGAAGCACGAGGGGCCGGCUGCGUGCGGACCUGAAGCCCGCGGCCUGGGGAGCUCCUAGACCGGCCCGCCGCGUCCGCCCGGCGACCCCUCCUCGCGCUUCCGGGAGCCCGAGCGCGCGAGUGCGCCUGCGCGCCGGCCUCCCCGCGCGCCUCCCGCUGCCCUCGCGCCGGCCGGCGUUCCGACGGUUCCCUCGCUGCUUCCCGCCCGUCCGCCAGGCUCGGCGGCGCGGAGACGUGCGGCAUGUCGCGGCGGCGGCACCGAGACGAGAACGACGGGGGACAACCUCACAAAAGGAGAAAGACCUCUGAUGCAAAUGAAACUGAAGAUCAUUUGGAAUCUUUAAUAUGCAAAGUAGGAGAAAAGAGUGCCUGCUCUUUGGAGAGCAACCUGGAAGGCUUGGCUGGUGUUUUGGAAGCUGAUAUUCCUAACUACAAGAGCAAGAUCUUAAGGCUUCUUUGUACAGUUGCACGUCUGUUACCUGAGAAGUUGACAAUUUAUACAACAUUAGUUGGAUUGCUGAAUGCCAGGAAUUACAACUUUGGUGGAGAAUUUGUAGAAGCCAUGAUUCGUCAACUUAAAGAAUCUUUGAAAGCAAACAGUUAUAACGAAGCUGUGUAUUUGGUUCGUUUUUUAUCUGAUCUUGUGAAUUGUCACGUCAUUGCAGCCCCAUCAAUGGUUGCUAUGUUCGAAAAUUUUGUAAGUGUAACUCAGGAAGAGGAUGUACCUCAGGUGCGACGGGAUUGGUAUGUGUAUGCAUUUCUGUCAUCUCUGCCCUGGGUUGGAAAAGAAUUAUAUGAGAAGAAAGAUGCAGAGAUGGACCGCAUCUUUGCCAACACUGAAAGCUAUCUUAAAAGACGCCAAAAGACUCAUGUGCCCAUGUUACAAGUGUGGACUGCUGAGAAGCCACAUCCACAAGAAGAGUAUUUAGAUUGCCUGUGGGCCCAGAUUCAGAAAUUGAAAAAGGAUCGCUGGCAGGAGCGGCACAUCCUAAGACCUUAUCUUGCCUUUGACAGCAUCCUGUGUGAAGCCUUGCAGCACAAUCUGCCUCCUUUUACACCACCUCCUCACACUGAGGAUUCAGUGUACCCAAUGCCAAGGGUCAUCUUCAGAAUGUUUGACUACACGGAUGAUCCUGAGGGUCCUGUAAUGCCAGGGAGUCAUUCCGUGGAAAGAUUUGUAAUAGAAGAAAAUCUUCACUGCAUCAUUAAGUCCCACUGGAAGGAAAGAAAUACUUGCGCCGCUCAGCUGGUGAGCUAUCCUGGGAAGAACAAGAUCCCCUUGAACUACCAUAUAGUUGAGGUGAUCUUUGCAGAGCUGUUUCAACUUCCAGCACCCCCUCACAUUGAUGUGAUGUACACAACACUUCUCAUUGAACUGUGCAAACUUCAGCCUGGCUCUCUACCCCAAGUUCUUGCGCAAGCAACUGAAAUGUUAUAUAUGCGUUUGGACACGAUGAAUACUACAUGUGUAGACAGGUUUAUUAAUUGGUUUUCCCAUCAUCUAAGUAACUUCCAGUUUCGUUGGAGUUGGGAAGAUUGGUCAGAUUGUCUUACUCAAGAUCCUGAUAGUCCCAAACCAAAGUUUGUAAAAGAAGUUCUAGAAAAAUGUAUGAGGUUAUCUUACCAUCAGCGUAUAUUGGAUAUUGUUCCUCCCACCUUCUCAACUCUAUGUCCUGCAAACCCAACCUGCAUUUACAAAUAUGGAGAUGAAAGUAGCAAUUCUCUUCCUGGACAUUCGGUUGCCCUCUGUUUAGCUGUUGCCUUUAAAAGUAAAGCAACCAGUGAUGAAAUCUUCAGCAUUCUGAAAGAUGUACCAAAUCCGAACCAAGAUGAUGAUGACGAUGAAGGAUUCAGCUUUAACCCACUGAAAAUAGAGGUUUUUGUGCAGACUCUGCUACAUUUGGCAGCCAAAUCGUUCAGCCACUCCUUCAGUGCCCUUGCAAAGUUUCAUGAAGUCUUCAAAACCCUAGCUGAAAGUGAUGAAGGAAAAUUACAUGUUCUCAGAGUUAUGUUUGAGGUCUGGAGGAACCAUCCACAGAUGAUUGCUGUACUAGUAGACAAGAUGAUUCGUACGCAGAUUGUUGACUGUGCUGCAGUAGCAAAUUGGAUCUUCUCUUCAGAACUAUCUCGUGACUUUAUUAGAUUGUUUGUUUGGGAAAUCCUGCACUCUACAAUUCGUAAGAUGAACAAACAUGUUCUGAAGAUACAGAAAGAGCUGGAUGAAGCUAAAGAAAAACUCGCAAGACAGCACAAACGGUUGACCAUCUCUGGAUGGAGGAGAGUGAAAGAAAACACUUGUACUAGUAUUUCUCUACGUUUCUGCUGCAACAGGAGGGGGCAAUUAUCGAUGUUUCCCCACUCCACCUGUACUGUGAGAGGUGAGGCAGUCAUUUCCACGUUUAGAAAAUGUUUCUCAUUAAUAAGAAAUUGAGUACUUUGCCACUUCGGAGGGAAGGAGUGAGCUGGCUGUAUUUUCUAGUGUACUAUACACAUUUACUAGAGUAGAAGGUGAGAGCAAGUUUAAUGACCUCUACAGACCUAUAGCAGACUCAUGAACCUAAAAUACUAUAAGGACCUAAAAUCUCAUGGACCUAAAAUACUGUAAGGUAAAUGGUGUCAUCCCCAUUUUAUACGUGGAUCAAGAUUACAUGGCUUAUGAGUGACAGCUGGGAUCUGACCCAAGUCGGUCAAAUUCCUGAAACUUUCCCUCAUGCCACACCAUUCUCUGUGAAUGUGGUGUCCAAUAUGAUAACAGCUACAAUUUAAAAAUCAGUUCCUUAGUCACACUAACCAUAUUUCAAGUGCUCAGUAGCCACAUGUCUAGUGUGAUAAGCAGCACAGAUAUAUCUAACUUUUCUCUCAUUGCAGAACGGUAUACUGGGUAGUGGUACUCUAGAACUUUGCCUUUGUGCAGUGUUAGGAAAAGACAAACAUGUAUCCAGGUGCCUAGGCAGACCCCAAAGCAGGUGGUGUGUUAGAGAGAAAAGCAGAGUGAAGAGGUUCUGAUCAUUGUGUUUGGGGAACAGAAGAGGCUCUCAUAGAUGGGGCCUUACCAGUAG